AUGUACAACGCGCAUCGCGGCAUGCCCCCAGGGCCGCAGCAGCCCGGCAGCCGUCUGGCGGAGCUGCUGGACCAGGUGCGCGCCGAGUUCGAGGCGCAAGCUGGUCGGUCCACCGAGCAUGAGCACCAAUUGCAUGCUCAGAUUCAGGAAAUGGAGCUUGUGCGGACCAAGAUCUACCAGCUGGAAACCACGCAGAUUGCCAUGAAGAGCAAGUACGAAGAGGAGAUCGCCCGACUUCGCCACGAACUGGAGCAGCGAGGUGGCCCAUCUGGAAGCGGACACUCCGCUGCUCAACCACCACAACCACCAGCCAUUGGUCAUGGGCCAGCGAACUUGUUCCAAGGAAUCAUGGCAGGUGGGCAAGGCGGUCCUGGACUCGCACCUCCACCACAAGAGCAACAAGGUCAGCCGGGUAUGCCUGGUCAUAUGCAAGGCCAAGGUCCACCGGGCCUCAAUCAACCUCCAGGUCAACCACACAACCCAUUCGCAUAUGGCCAACCACAGGCAGGACCAAGCCUCAAUGGCUACGGCCCACAGCAGCCACCUCAGCCGACCGCUAGUCCCGGCGGUAACAAGCCUCGCCUUGGUGGCCCUCCUGGUCUCCGUGGUCCAGCCACUCCACAGCAAAUUCCAGCGAAUGCCUACCCGGGUAGUCCCCAAGUAGCACGACCUACUCCACCACCAAAUCCAAACGCACAGAUCGCGUCCGACUUCCAAUACACUCCAGCACAGCUAGAGAACAUUGGCAAUCAACUGUCUGAGUACGAUCCAGACAAGCUCCCACCACACCUCAAGCGUACAGGCGACGACUGGCACGCUGUUUUCAACCCUACUGUCCGACGUAGAUUGGACGUCGACUUGGUGCACAACUUGGCGCAUCAGAGCGUGGUCUGCUGUGUGAGGUUCAGCCAGGAUGGACGUUUCGUUGCAACCGGAUGCAACCGAUCCGCUCAGAUCUUCGAUGUCAACUCCGGCAAGCAGGUCUGCCACCUCCAAGACAACAGCACCAGUUCCGAGGGCGACCUCUACAUCCGCAGCGUCUGCUUCAGCCCAGACGGCCGCUCUCUCGCCACUGGCGCAGAAGACAAGAUUAUUCGAGUCUGGGACAUCCAACAGAAGGUCAUCCGACACCAAUUCUCUGGCCACGAUCAAGACAUCUACUCACUUGACUUCGCGUCAGAUGGGCGAUACAUCGCCUCCGGUUCCGGCGACAGGACCAUCCGUCUUUGGGAUCUCCAUGACAGCCAGUGUGUGCUCACACUCCAGAUUGAGGAUGGCGUCACCACUGUCGCCAUGUCACCAAACGGUCGCUUUGUGGCUGCCGGAAGCUUGGACAAGAGCGUGCGCAUCUGGGACACCCAGACUGGUGUGCUCGUCGAGCGCACUGAGGGCGAACAAGGUCAUAAGGACAGUGUCUACUCCGUUGCUUUCAGCCCAACAGGCGAGCACCUCGUUUCUGGAUCGCUGGAUAAGACGAUUCGCAUGUGGCGACUCAACCCUCGACAGACAUACGCCAUUCCUGGCGGCCCACCACCACAACCCAAGCAGGGCGAGUGCAUCCGCACUUUUGAUGGUCACAAAGACUUCGUGCUUAGUGUCGCUCUAACACCAGAUGGUCACUGGGUCAUGUCUGGUUCUAAGGACCGAGGAGUGCAAUUUUGGGAUCCCGAGACGGGCCACGCUCAGCUUAUGUUGCAAGGACACAAGAACUCUGUUAUCUCAGUUGCGCCAUCGCCGAUGGGUCACCUCUUCGCCACUGGUUCCGGCGACAUGAAGGCCAGGAUCUGGAGAUAUCAGCCUUACACCGGAUAA